AUGACGCCCUCGCCGGGUCCUCAGUCAAACGCUGUAGAGGUUCGCCGGCCUCGCUCGAGCCAGACCGUCUCCUUCUCCGUCGACGAGAAGAACAACUCGACUCACGGCACCGACUCCACGAGUCUACAGUACCAGGUCUCUGAAUGCAUCGAGACUACCACUACCACCACAACUACCACUACCAAACGCACCUUCCCCCCAGUCUACCUGCGCGAGGUUCGCCCACUGCACGAACUCGACUCCAAAGAGUACCCUCUCGCUUCGAAGCCUUUGCCUCCCGAGCUCGCCAACUUCUCCUUCAGCGUCACCGGUUCUUCCUCCGAUGCCAUGACCGACGAACUCUUCGCGCCCAAAAUGCGCAAAACACCCCUCGCAAUCGACAGGCAACCUGCAGGUCUCCUCAAGGAAGAUGAGUCGACCCAAGAGUCUCCGAGACGCAUCUCAAAAUCUCCCUCGGAUGCCCAUCAAAGAAGAUCGCGCCGCUCGACCGCUCGGGACGUAUCGCCCUCUUCCCACAACGCGUCUCCUAUUGCCCUGUCGAGGACUACUAGGGCCCCGAGGUCAGCAGGCCUCUCCUUUACCGAGGACGCCUCACAAAGACUACGACGCCACAUUUCCAGAGGCAAACAGACAGGGUGCCUGGCAACACCAGACACAUCGGAGGUAGUUGGUAGUAGCAGUUCCGAACGAGUCGCCCGACCUCGCUCUCUUCAAAUCACCCGCGCCAGCAAUACUCCCGAGUCUGGCCCUAGCCAAGCGAAUCAGCACGAGGCACCAAGCCCCAUAGGCAGCGAUGCACUCACUGUGUUCAGUAGCAACGUAGCGACGCCUCCCAUCACCGAUGCCGAUGCCGAGCCCUUUGUCGACACCGACGAGUCCCUGCAACAGUCUAUCCGAGCGGUCGGCCACCGCCCUUCGAUCGAUGCCGUGGCUGCGCAGGAUGCGAGCCUGCCUAGUCCGAGACUUUCACCCACCCUCGCCGCUGCACAACUUAAUUCGAGAGAUUCCGAAGAUGAAGAGGAGGACUCGACGCAGAGCAGUGCCUUGGCCAGAAGAAAUGUCAGCUUUCGGGAUCACUCCUGGCUGCAAGAGUCGCAGACAACUGAGGAGGGCGGCUACACCUCUGAUUUGUCCAUGGUUGCCGAUGACAGCACAUCCCAGCUCGACAACCUUGACGCCCACACCGCCAUGCUUGAUGCACGCACCAUGAUGGAGAAGUUCGACGCGAUGCCCAUCGAGAUGAAGAGUUUCAUAAUGUACAACUUCCUUCGCCGAUGCCCCAGAAAGACGCUGCGUCUCGUUUCUGACGUUGUCACCCCGGCACUGAAGUGCGACUUCUUCAAACAGCUCCCUCUCGAGUUGAGCUUCCACGUGCUAUCCUUCCUCGACCAUCGCGAUCUCUGCCGUGCCGCUCAGGUUUCCAAGCACUGGCGUAACAUCGUCGACACGAACGAGACUGGCUGGAAGGAGCUGUUCGACCGGGAUGGGUUCACUCUUCCGCCUGGCGAACUCAACAAGGCCAUCAUGCAAGGCUGGGGCUGGCAGGAUCCCGUUGGUGUUAUGGGUGCCGAAGUCGACCUUAGUCGCACGAGUCGGUUGAACUCGGCAGACAGCGAGCUGACAAAGGCUGUUGUCAAGCCGGAUCCUACAGUCAAGCUCCGUAGCUCCAAGCGCAAGCGGGGCAUGAACAUCCCCGGCGCUGAUCGCUCGAAGCGAAGGGUUAGCGGCCAGGAGGCUGCCCGGAACGAAGCUAUGCAGAUGGAAGUCAAGCAGCACAAGUCUGAGGGACCGCUUUCGGCUGCUAAUGCCGCUGCGGCUGCCGUGCCCAACCCGCAGCUGGGCAUGCCUAGUCUGCAAAAGCUGCACUUGUUCAAGUCGCUCUACCGCCGCCAUUACAUGAUCCGCCAGAGUUGGACAAGUGGCAAGGUUAAGCCUGGACACGUUGCUUUCGCUGCCCACCCCAGACAUGUCAUUACCUGCCUGCAGUUUGAUGAAGACAAAAUCAUCACCGGCAGCGAUGAUACCCUUAUCCACGUUUACGACACAAAGACGGGCAAACUGCGAAAGAAGCUCGAGGGACAUGAGGGCGGUGUAUGGGCGCUACAGUACGAGGGCAACAUGUUGGUUUCCGGAUCCACCGAUCGAUCUGUCCGUGUUUGGGACAUUGAGAAGGGUCUUUGUACCCAGGUUUUUUACGGCCACACAAGUACUGUGCGCUGUCUGCAAAUUCUGAUGCCCACCGAGACAGGAAAGACGCAUGAUGGCAAGGCCAUUAUGGCACCCCAGAAGCCGCUGAUCAUUACUGGAUCCCGCGAUAGCCAACUUCGUGUUUGGCGCUUGCCAGAGGUUGGUUCGCGACGAUACAUCCAGACUGGCCCUCCGGCAAACGACGCCGACUGUCCGUACUUCAUUCGGACGCUUUCGGGCCAUACACACUCGGUCCGCGCCAUUUCUGCCCACGGCGACACCCUCGUCAGCGGAAGCUAUGACAGCACAGUUAGAGUCUGGCGUAUCAGCACCGGCGAGUCUCUUCACGUUCUUCACGGCCACUCUCAGAAGGUGUACAGCGUCGUCCUAGAUCACGAACGCAACCGCUGCAUCUCUGGUUCCAUGGACUCGCUUGUCAAGAUUUGGGAUCUCAACACUGGCGCGUGUCUGCAUACCCUCGAGGGCCACAGUCUGCUGGUUGGCCUUCUUGACUUGCGCGACGAGCGACUGGUGUCAGCCGCCGCUGACAGUACCUUGCGUAUCUGGGACCCCGAGAACGGCAAAUGUAAGAAUGUCUUGACUGCUCACACAGGCGCCAUUACAUGCUUCCAGCACGAUGGGCGCAAGGUCAUCUCCGGCAGCGAGAAGACUGUCAAGAUGUGGGAUAUUCGCACCGGCGAGUGCGUACAGGACCUGUUGACAGACCUCAGUGGAGUCUGGCAGGUCAAGUUUGACGAGCGACGCUGCGUGGCUGCUGUCCAGCGAGACAGCCUGACAUAUGUCGAGAUUCUCGACUUUGGCGCUGUACGUGACGGCAAGCCACCUGAGGAGCUCGGCGAGCGAAAGCUUCUCAACGAGCCAGAAGUCCGAGCACUUCUGGCAGAAGAUCUGUAA